CAAGGAUGCUGGCUGUCCCGGAGAUGGGCCUGCCGGGGCUGUACAUUGGUUCCAGCCCAGAGCGAUCACCAGUACCUAGCCCACCUGGCUCCCCAAGGACCCAGGAGAGCUGUGGCAUUGCCCCCCUCACACCCUCACAGUCUCCAAAGCCGGAGGCCCGAGCCCCCCAGCAGGCCUCCUUCUCAGUGGUGGUGGCCAUUGACUUCGGCACCACAUCCAGUGGCUAUGCCUUCAGCUUUGCCAGUGACCCUGAGGCCAUCCACAUGAUGAGGAAAUGGGAGGGUGGGGAUCCAGGCGUGGCCCACCAGAAGACCCCUACCUGCCUGCUGCUGACCCCAGAGGGAGCCUUUCACAGUUUUGGCUACACUGCCCGUGAUUACUACCACGACCUAGACCCUGAGGAGGCACGGGACUGGCUCUACUUCGAGAAGUUCAAGAUGAAGAUCCACAGCACCACUGAUCUCACCUUGAAGACCCAGCUAGAGGCCGUAAACGGAAAGAAGAUGCCAGCCCUGGAGGUGUUCGCCCAUGCCCUUCGCUUUUUCAAGGAGCACGCCCUUCAGGAGCUGAGGGAGCAGUGCCCGUCUCUGCCAGAGAGGGACACUGUGCGCUGGGUGUUGACGGUGCCUGCCAUCUGGAAACAGCCGGCCAAGCAGUUCAUGCGGGAGGCUGCCUACCUGGCUGGCCUGGUAUCUCGAGAGGAUGCAGAGCAACUGCUUAUUGCCCUGGAGCCUGAGGCUGCCUCUGUCUACUGCAGAAAGCUGCGCCUGCACCAGCUCAUGGACCUUAGUGGCCGGACCCCGGGGGGUGGGCGCUUGGGUGAGCGCCGCUCCAUUGACUCCAGCUUCCGUCAUGCCCGUGAGCAGCUGCGAAGGUCACGCCACAGCCGCACAUUUCUGGUGGAGUCAGGAGUGGGAGAGCUGUGGGCAGAAAUGCAAGCAGGAGACCGCUAUAUGGUGGCCGAUUGCGGGGGAGGCACUGUGGACCUGACGGUGCACCAACUGGAGCAGCCCCAUGGCACCCUCAAGGAGCUCUACAAGGCAUCUGGCGGCCCCUAUGGCGCUGUGGGCGUAGACUUGGCCUUCGAGCAGCUGCUUUGUCGCAUCUUCGGUGAGGACUUCAUUGCGACCUUCAAAAGGCAACGGCCAGCGGCCUGGGUGGAUCUCACCAUCGCCUUUGAGGCCCGCAAACGCACGGCGGGUCCGCACCGUGCAGGGGCGCUCAACAUUUCACUGCCCUUCUCCUUCAUUGAUUUCUAUCGCAAGCAGCGAGGCCACAACGUGGAGACGGCCCUGCGCAGAAGCAGUGUGAACUUCGUGAAGUGGUCCUCUCAGGGGAUGCUCCGGAUGUCUUGUGAGGCCAUGAAUGAGCUUUUUCAGCCUACAGUCAAUGGUAUCAUCCAGCACAUAGAGGCGUUGCUGGCGCGGCCAGAGGUACAGGGUGUGAAACUGCUGUUUUUGGUGGGCGGCUUUGCCGAGUCUGCGGUGCUACAGCAUGCAGUGCAGGCAGCGCUGGGCGCCCGUGGCCUGCGCGUUGUGGUCCCGCACGACGUGGGCCUCACCAUCCUCAAGGGCGCUGUGCUCUUCGGCCAGGCCCCAGGCGUGGUGCGGGUGCGCCGCUCGCCGCUCACCUACGGUGUGGGCGUGCUCAAUCGCUUUGUGGAUGGGCGCCACCCUCCUGACAAGUUGCUAGUGCGCGACGGUCGCCGCUGGUGCACCGAUGUCUUCGAGCGCUUCGUUGCGGCAGAGCAGUCGGUGGCCCUUGGCGAGGAGGUGCGGCGUAGUUAUUGUCCAGCGCGCCCUGGCCAACGGCGCGUGCUCAUCAAUCUGUACUGCUGCGCCGCCGAGGACGCGCGCUUCAUCACGGACCCCGGCGUGCGCAAAUGCGGCGCGCUCAGCCUCGAGCUCGAGCCGGCCGACGGCGGCCGGGAUAGCACCGGCGCAGCCCCAGGCCGCCGCGAGAUCCGCGCUGCCAUGCAGUUUGGCGACACCGAGAUUAAGGUCACUGCUGUGGACGUCAGCACCAAUCGUUCCGUGCGCGCCGCCAUCGACUUUCUUUCCAACUGAGGGCUACUAGCCCCGCGCUCUUUCGGUCCCUGGGUCUGGAGAGCGGGGUGGGAGCUGAGGAACUGGCCAGUUCCGAUGUCAGCGCCCCUUCCCUGCCCUCCAUCCUGGAGAGGUGAAGUCUGGAGGGAGGGAGGGGACAUAUGAAGACUCGCUUUGGGAUUGGGCUUUGGUCCGCUGAUUGGAAGGCUGAAGGGCCCCGCCAAGAACCAAGAACUUCUGAAAGGUUUGCAAGAGGGAGCCCAGACUGGCAGGGUGUGUGUGAUCCCUUAGAGAAUGCAACAGAAGACUAAGCCCUGGCCUGAACAUGGGUUGGGGGAGAAGCAGCAGCAAGAUAGGUUGCCAGGUGCCACUGCAGGAGGGAGGUUGUGCAGGGCCUGGGCCUGAAGGGCCAGAGUUCACUAAUUGAUGGGCUGCUGCCAUAGGGGAGAGCCAGGCAGAGCAACCCCAAACCACAGGAAAAUGACAAAUGGACAUUGGAGGGACAGGUGUUAGUAACACCUUCCUGGAUAUGCUGACCGCCUAAAUAUGACUCUUACCCACAGAAAGGGCAGUAGCUGACUAGUGGGGAGGAGGGCACAUUAUUAUAGUGAAGGCAGCUUUGGGGGGUGUGGAGACGACAUGCUCUGGAGCCUAAAGACAGCUUGUGAAUGAUCCACCCCACUUUCAUCCCCACCACCUGCUUGGAUGGGCAGUUGAGGGAGGGUAAGAAGGACAGAGGGAGCACUGAGGGAUGGUCCCAGCUCUGCCACUGACUCCAUGUGCCAUUAGGACAUUCCCGGAGCACCCACAGGCCUGCUUCCCCAAAUGUGAAAUGUCAGGCAUCUCUCUCAAUCAUGACAUGCAACACCCACCCUGCAGCUUACACUAAGAUGACAAUAAAGCAUUUAUGCUUAAGGGCAAGCCACAGCCUGCUGGUACCACACAAGUGGGGACCCUAAUAGUGGUAGUACUGUAGAAAGCAUGAGUUAUAGAGAAAGAAGAAAGUUUUCAGCUGUGCACA